UUUUUUUCCUCUCCCAACCAUCUACUCUCCGCUCUAAACCCUAAAGUUUUAACCCAACAAAACCCUUUUGCUUAAUUCUACAAGAUUUUUAGAGAUUGGUUUUCUGGUAUAUCAUGGUACCUUUGUAUGAUGAGACCGACACACGAUUGGUUGAAAACUAUUACUUUAUUGACGAAAGGGAUUCACUGAUCUCAUUUGCUGUACUACCUGUUUUCCGGCAUGAGGCCAAGAGAUCAGAUAAUGAAAACUUGAAGGUCUUCUUAUGUGGAACUGCUGAUGGUGGCUCUCAAGAAGUAUACAAGCAGGUUACUUCUUGGAGGUUGAGGCUUCAAAAUGAGGAGCCCCAAAUUUGGGUGCUCUCAAUGGAAGGGAGAUGGAUAAAGCUUUCAAAACCGAGGAAUAGCUAUAGGAGCAGAUUCAGGACUUUAAUGAUCACUCUGCAAUGUCUACAUGUUUUGAAAAGAAGACCUGAAGUCUCAGAAAAGACUAUCUGGCGUCAUGAAGUUUUCAGCUCGUAUGACGUGAGACCCUCUAAGGAUGAUCUCAGGGAUCAUGUUUCUUUAAUUAAGCUCUUCGCUGAUAGAGACCAGACGUUAGCCAAUUCUAAGUUGCUAUCUAUGCUUCUAAAAGAAAAGCAUGAAAAGGAACCAACUUCCUGUGUGGUUUCUGAAACUGAGGCAGGUGAAACAAACCCUUCAAUUGGUUGUGCUAACAAUGUUGAAGAGGAGAUGAAAGGUAUUGAAGAUGAUAAAUUUGAAGAAAAGCCCGGAACUUUUGAUCCAGUUUGUGCUAUUUGCGAUGAUGGUGGUGACAUAUUAUGUUGUAAUGGGAGUUGCUCAAGGUCCUUCCAUGCAACCAAACCUGCUGGUAGGAAAGUAGGUUGUGAAUCCCUGGGCUACUCUAAAACUGAAGUCAAGGCAAUGCAGAAAUUCUUUUGUAAGAAUUGCGAAUAUAAACAGCACCAGUGUUUUGCUUGUGGAAAGUUGGGCUCUUCUGAUGAAACUGCUGAAGCUGAGGUAUUUCGUUGUGCAUUUGUAUCUUGUGGCCACUUUUACCACCCAGAGUGCGUUGCAGAAUUACUUUCUCAGGGAAAUGAAGCAGAAGCAAGAAACUUUCAGAGAAAGGUUGCAGCUGGGGAAUCAUUUACAUGCCCUCACCAUUAUUGUACUGUUUGUGGGCAAGGAGAAACCAAAAAUAUCUAUGAGCUGCAAUUUGCAAUUUGUAGACGCUGCCCAAUGUCAUAUCAUAGGAAAUGCUUGCCUAGGACAAUUUCCUUUGAGGCUCACGGACAAGGCAGCUUGCAGAGGGCUUGGAGUGAACUUCUUCAUAAGCGCAUUAUGAUAUAUUGCUUGAAACAUGAGAUUGAUGAAAAGCUUGGGAAGCCUCUACGAAAUCAUAUCAUAUUUCCGGAAAUGUCUGAUGAGAGCAAGAAGUGGGUUCACCCUGAAACAUCUGAAACGAACAAAACCAAGAUUUUCCAUUUACCCAGGAAACAUGAGAGCGAUGAAAACCUUGGGGAACCUUCACGAAAUCAUACCAUAUUUACUGAAACACCUAAAAAGAGCAAGACUUCGAUUUGCCAGAAAGUAUCCGUAAAGAACAAAGGGAAGCUUCCUGUGAGGAAAAGAAACCUUUCUGAGGAUUUGCCUAAAGAGCCAAGUUCUGUCGAACCAUAUAAAUUGAUUGAAAAGCUUUCACAUGCAGUGGAUAACCACUGCAGUGGAAAAUCUGAAUGCACCAAAGAACCACAUCAUAUUAGUGGAAAAUCUGAAUGCACCAGGGAACCACAUCAUAUUGCCAAGGAAGUGAACGUUUCAAAAAAAAGAAAAGCUUCUGACCAUCAUCGAUCACAGAUAAAAGUUUCGAAGAAGAGAAAAGCUUCUGAACAUAGUAAAUCUUUGAUCAAUCAGACAGCUGUGCGUGAGGUUUCGGGAACAAUUGCUGGGGAGGAAAUUAGUGCUUCAUUUCCUGAGAUAGAUAGUGAAAGCACUGACAGGAUUAAAUUGUUGAUGUAUGAGCUAUCAUCUUUGGUAGAAUCUGAAGAUGGUUAUACUGAGUCCAGCAUAGAAUCCUCGCAUACUUUUUCUGUAAAGCACACUGAUGUGAGAAUUAAACAAGGAAAAGUGGAGGGCUCUUUUGAGGCUAUACUAACAACAGAACACAAGCGGGGAGAUGGGGAGCUAACAAAGCAAAAGCUGAUAGUGAGCAUAAAUUACUCAACAGAUGAGACAGAGGAGGGUGAGGAGGGAAAACCUGGAGGUUAACUUUCAAAUCGGCGUUCUGUCCAGUUUUGACUUUUCAGUGCAGUGGUCAGAUAGUAACUUGGAUCGACUAAUUUUUUGCUGCCUACGGUUCAUGUAGAUCCAGAUGAAAUGUAUGCUUCUUGUAAAAAUCUUAGUAUCAAGUGAUACUAAGAGUUAAAGUGAUACUAAGAGUUUGCAGGAGCAACCGAAGGCUAUAUGAAUGAUAUAAUAAGAACGUCCUCAUUCCCUGUGCGGUGAAACAUCAAGAAUAUCUUUGCAACCAUGUUAAAUAGUCUAUUUGGCCUUCUAGAAUGCUUUUACAUCAUCGAGGCGUGCCUCCUCGCUUACCCAUUGUGGACAAGCAAGUAUUGGUUUCAAGGCGAAGUUCACAUUUGGUUUC